AUGGUGCUCUCCCGGGCCGUCUCGGACACCGACGUGUCGGUGCACUCCACGUUCGCCUCGCGCUAUGUCCGGUCGUCUCUCCCGAGGUACCACAUGCCGGAGAAGUCGAUCCCCAAGGAGGCGGCGUACCAGAUCAUCAACGAUGAGCUGAUGCUGGACGGCAACCCGCGGCUGAACCUGGCGUCGUUCGUCACGACGUGGAUGGAGCCCGAGUGCGACAAGCUCGUCAUGGCCUCCAUGAACAAGAACUACGUGGACAUGGACGAGUACCCCGUCACCACCGAGUUCCAGAACCGGUGCGUGAACAUGAUCGCGCAUCUCUUCCACGCGCCACUGGGUGAGUCGGAGACGGCCGUGGGCGUGGGCACGGUGGGUUCAUCGGAGGCCAUCAUGCUGGCGGGGCUGGCCUUCAAGAGGAAGUGGCAGAACAAGCGCAGGGCCGAGGGCAAGCCAUUCGACAAGCCCAACAUCGUCACAGGCGCCAACGUCCAAGUCUGCUGGGAGAAGUUCGCCAGGUACUUCGAGGUGGAGCUCAAGGAGGUGAAGCUGCGGGAGGGGUACUACGUGAUGGACCCGGAGCAGGCGGUGGAGAUGGUCGACGAGAACACCAUCUGCGUCGCGGCGAUCCUAGGCUCGACGCUCAACGGCGAGUUCGAGGACGUGAAGCGCAUCAACGACCUGCUCGAAGAGAAGAACAAGGAGACAGGGUGGGAGACGGCGAUCCACGUGGACGCGGCGAGCGGCGGCUUCAUCGCGCCGUUCCUGUACCCGGAGCUGGAGUGGGACUUCCGGCUGCCGUGGGUGAAGAGCAUCAACGUCAGCGGCCACAAGUACGGCCUCGUCUACCCCGGCAUCGGCUGGUGCGUCUGGCGCACCAAGGACGACCUGCCGGACGACCUCGUCUUCCACAUCAACUACCUCGGCACCGACCAGCCCACCUUCACGCUCAACUUCUCCAAGGGCUCCAGCCAGGUCAUCGCGCAGUACUACCAGUUCAUCCGCCAAGGCUUCGAGGGGUACAGGAACAUCAUGGAGAACUGCCAGGAGAACGCCAUGGUGGUCAAGGAGGGCCUGGAGAGGACGGGCCGCUUCAACAUCGUGUCCAAGGACCAAGGCGUGCCGCUCGUGGCCUUCUCCCUCAAGGACCACACCCGCCACGACGAGUUCGAGGUCUCCGACAUGUUGCGCCGCUUCGGCUGGAUCGUGCCGGCGUACACCAUGCCCGCCGACGCGCAGCACGUCACGGUGCUCCGCGUCGUCAUCCGGGAGGAGUUCAGUCGCACCCUCGCCGAGCGCCUCGUCCUCCACAUCGACACCGUCAUGAACCAGCUCGACGCGCUCCCGUCCAACAGCGUCUGCCAGUAA